AUGAAAGGAUCUUAAAUGAGUUUGUUCUGUUUUUGUCUGUCUCAUUUCCGUAGGUUUAAAACUGGCCAGAUCAAUGGAGACCUGCUCAUCUACCACGUUCUCCUUACCCUCAAACCCUACUAUGCCAAACCCUAUGAGAUUGUGGUUGAUUUGACUCACGUUGGGCCCAGCAACCGCUUCAAGACCGACUUCCUUUCCAAGUGGUUUGUGGUCUUUCCUGGCUUUGCGUAUGAGAACGUGGCAGCUGUGUACGUCUACAACUGCAACACCUGGGUGAGGGAGUACACCAAGUAUCACGAACGUCUUCUGACGGGCCUGAAGGGCAGCAAGCGGCUCCAGUUCAUCGACUCUCCUGCUAAGCUGGCUGAGCACAUUGAGCCAGACCAGCAGAAACUACCAGCAGCCACGCUUACCCUGGAAGAAGACCUCAAAGUGUUCCACAAUGCUCUCAAGCUGGCUCACAAGGACACCAAGGUGUCAAUAAAGGUUGGCUCCACUGCGGUCCAGGUGACCUCAGCUGAGCGGACUCGGGUACUUGGUCAACCUGUGUUCCUCAACGACGUUUACUACGCCUCGGAGAUUGAAGAGAUCUGUCUGGUGGAUGAGAGCCAGUUCACCCUCACCAUGGCCAACCAGGGCACGCCUCUGACCUUCAUGCAUCAGGAGUGCGACGCCAUCGUGCAGUCCAUAAUUCACAUCCGGACACGCUGGGAGUUGUCUCAGCCUGACUCCAUCCCGCAGCACACAAAAAUUCGACCCAAAGACGUGCCUGGGACUCUGCUCAACAUUGCCUUACUCAACUUGGGGAGCUCCGACCCCAGCCUCAGAUCUGCAGCUUACAACCUGUUGUGCGCUCUGACUUGCACCUUCAACUUGAAGAUUGAGGGCCAGCUGUUGGAGACUUCCGGCCUCUGCAUCCCAGCCAACAACACCCUCUUCAUUGUCUCCAUCAGCAAGACGCUGGCAGCCAAUGAGCCGCAUCUGACUCUAGAGUUUCUGGAGGAGUGCAUCUCUGGCUUCAGCAAGUCCAGUAUUGAGCUAAAGCAUCUCUGUCUGGAGUACAUGACACCCUGGCUGCUAAACCUCGUCCGCUUCUGCAAACAUAAUGAUGACGCCAAGCGCCAGCGUGUCACCGCCAUCCUCGACAAACUCAUUACCAUGACCAUCAAUGAGAAGCAGAUGUAUCCCUCCAUUCAAGCCAAGAUCUGGGGAAGCCUGGGCCAGAUAACGGACCUGUUGGAUGUGGUGCUGGACAGCUUCAUUAAGACCAGUGCCACUGGGGGUCUGGGCUCCAUUAAAGCAGAAGUCAUGGCUGACACUGCAGUGGCUCUGGCCUCAGGCAACGUCAAACUGGUCUCCAACAAGGUUAUCGGGCGGAUGUGUAAGAUCAUCGACAAGACGUGCCUGUCGCCAACGCCGACCCUGGAGCAGCACCUCAUGUGGGACGACAUAGCCAUCCUGGCACGCUACAUGCUCAUGCUGUCCUUCAACAACUCCCUAGAUGUUGCAGCACACCUGCCGUACCUGUUCCACGUGGUGACCCUGCUGGUAGCCACGGGGCCACUCUCCUUGAGGGCGUCCACUCAUGGCUUGGUCAUCAACAUCAUCCACUCCCUCUGCACAUGCUCACAGCUCAACUUCAGCGAGGAGACCAAGCAGGUCCUGAGGCUCAGUCUGACCGAGUUCUCGCUGCCCAAAUUCUACCUGCUGUUCGGCAUCAGCAAAGUCAAGUCAGCUGCAGUCAUCGCCUUCCGCUCCAGCUACAGAGACCGCUCCUUUUCGCCAGGCUCCUACGAAAGGGAGACGUUCGCCCUGUCCUCGCUGGAGACGGUCACUGAGGCCCUGCUGGAGAUCAUGGAGGCCUGUAUGAGGGACAUCCCAUCCUGCAAGUGGCUGGACCAGUGGACAGAGUUGGCUCAGAAGUUUGCUUUCCAGUACAACCCGUCCCUUCAGCCAAGAGCGCUGGUGGUGUUUGGCUGCAUCAGCAAGAGGGUGACCCACAGCCAGAUCAAGCAGAUCAUCCGGAUCUUGAGUAAAGCCAGUCCACUGCUCAGCAUAGACCGGGGUCUGGAGAGCUGCCUGAAGGGGCCGGACAACUACAACAGCCAGGUCCUGAUUGAGGCCACCGUCAUCGCUCUGACCAAGCUGCAGCCGCUCCUCAGCAAGGACUCCCCCAUGCACAAGGCUCUGUUCUGGGUGGCCGUGGCUGUCCUACAGCUGGACGAGGUGAACCUGUACUCUGCUGGAACUGCACUCUUGGAGCAGAACUUGCACACUCUGGAUACAAUGCGCGUCUUCAAUGACAAGAGUCCAGAGGAGGUGUUCAUGGAGAUCCGGUGCCCGCUGGAGUGGCACUGCAAGCAAAUGGACCACUUUGUGGGCCUCAACUUUGGUGCCAACUUCAACUUUGCUCUGGUGGGCCACCUACUCAAAGGCUACAGACACCCAUCCCCCACCACCGUGGCGAGGACUGUGCGGAUCCUGCACACGCUUUUGUCUUUGAUCAGCAAACACUUGAAGUGUGACAAGUUUGAGGUUAACACCCAGAGCGUGGCUUACCUUGCUGCUCUCCUCACUGUGUCAGAGGAGGUGAGGAGUCGCUGCAGCCUCAAGCACAGAAAGUCCCUGCUCAUCUCUGACCUCUCUAUGGAUCCAGUGCCCAUGGACACCUACUCCAGUCAUAUCCCUGAUGCCAUCUGCAGGACUCUACACGAACCUCAGCCCUGGACGUCACCUCAGGUGUCAGAUCGCUGCUACCUUUCAGCCCAUCACUACCCAACAGUUGGUCAAAUCAGUCCACGAACACGGAAGUCCAUGAGCCUGGACAUGGGCCAGCCAUCCCAGGCCAACACCAAGAAGCUGCUGGGCACCAGGAAGAGCUUCGAUCACCUCAUGUCUGACCUCAAGGCACCAAAGAGACCGGAGAUGGAGUCUGGAAUGACCACCCCUCCCAAGAUGAGGCGUGUGGCAGAGAAUGACUUUGCAAUAGAGACGCAACGAAUUGGAAACUCUCACCUUCGCAAAGUGUCUGUGUCCGAGUCCAAUGUUCUGCUGGACGAGGAGGUUCUGACUGACCCAAAGAUCCAGGCUCUGCUGCUCACUGUUCUGGCCACACAGGUGAAGUACAGCACCGACGAUUUUGACCAGCGCAUUCUCUACGAGUACUUGGCUGAGGCCAGCGUUGUCUUCCCGAAAGUCUUUCCAGUUGU